AACAAAGUAGAUUAGAGAGAAAAUUAUUAUAAGAACUCAAAAAAAGAUGGGAAGUCUGUCAGACAACCGUGUGACCAUCCCAGCCAUGGAUGGCUGAGAACGGUCCUCUACUGCAUCAUUGGUUCAGGAACCAUUAUGCUGUUAAUCACGCUCUGAUCACCACGGCCACCCACGAUUCAUCCACCAGAGUUCUGUUUCUGUCUCCUUAGAACUCAAGGACACAGAGGUACGAGCCUAUAGAGAAUAUAACGGAUCCUGUUCAAGUAAGGUCGUGGCCUUGGUCGUCGAUGAGGCCCAACGAAAGGGUUUAUCUGCACAACUUUCCUUGCUUUUUAGAGACAGGUGAUUCCCAAAAGAUUCAUGGGGUCUAAAUGAGUAAUCUCCCAAGGCCCAAGCCCAGUCUCCUCUUCAGUUCCAUCUCCGUCUCUGCCUCACAUAACAGAGGUUACAGAGCGCCUCUUUUCUCGUCCGAUCCGACCGAUCCCUCUUGUCUUGAUUUACGAGGAGAAAUCGAAACUAUUGCAAUGCCUGAUCGGGUGUAAAUUUGUGGGUUUUUUUUUUCUUCUCUGGGUGAUAGGUUCAUAUGGCGACCCUUCGAAGUUUGAAAAUCAAGACAAGUACUUGCAAACGCAUUGUGAAGGAGCUUCAUUCCUAUGAAAAAGAAGUUGAGAGAGAAGCUGUCAAGACUUCUGAAAUGAAGGAAAGAGGUGCUGACCCUUACGACCUUAAGCAACAGGAAAAUGUUCUGGCUGAGUCAAGAAUGAUGAUUCCAGACUGUCACAAGCGCCUAGAGUCCUCGCUAGCAGACCUGAAAGGAGCUUUGGCUGAGCUGGAAGAAUUGGAUCAGAAAGAAGGUCUUGAAAUGGAGGAUGCUCGAACCACUAUAACGGAGGUUGAAAAGCUGUUUCAAACGACUGAAGAUUAGCGUCCGAGUUUUUUUUGGCAGGAUUGAAGUAAAGAACAUGACGUGAAUGUUGAUGGAUUUGCUUUGGUCUGUUUUCAUGGUGCAAUCAAAGGGAACUUAGGCUUCUUGUGGGUUUCAAAUUUGUCUGAUAUUUGUGCUCAAAAUAUUUGUUGUGACUGGUUUUCCCCCUUGUGUACAUAAAGAAUUGCUGCAUUUUUUUUCAAGGUGAAACAAGUUGGAAUGAUUGCUUUUAUUUGACGACUAGAAAUUGAAAAUGUGAGUGAAAUGGUGUAGAACAUUGUCCCUUGUAAUACCAUUAUCGGACAAUUCAGAGUCC